AUGUCUGCGCGUGUGCCGAAGAAAGGUGGGAAGAAGCUGAUUGCGGAGGGUGCGAAGAAAGCCGUUAAGAAGCGCAAGAGGAGCCGCAAAGAGUCUUACUCGAUUUACGUCUACAAGGUGUUGAAGCAGGUCCAUCCGGACACGGGCAUUUCUUCCAAGGCCAUGAGUAUUAUGAAUUCUUUCGUGAGCGAUCUCUUCGAGCGCAUCGCCUCAGAGGCGUCACGCUUGGCUUUAUACAACAAGAGAUCGACUAUCAGCUCCAGAGAGAUCCAGACCGCGGUGCGCCUGCUCUUGCCUGGAGAGUUGGCGAAGCAUGCUGUGUCGGAAGGCACUAAGGCUGUCACCAAAUAUACCAGCUCUAAGUAA